CUCGUGACGAGCGGUUGCCGCGAUUGCCGCGUUCGCUGUCUUUCCGAUUUCCUCAAAAAUCAAGCCACUUUUUUGUAUAAAACUACAACAUUUUUUUUCGAAGCAACCACAACGAUUAAACAAAACAAGCAACAAUAGCCUGCUAAACAAAACAAUUCACAACCAAGACGCGUCAAACAACAACCCAUAUAUAUUUCUAUAUAUAUAUAAAACAACCAAUCACUUGAAAUUAUUGUGUGUGGUGAAAAGUGAGUGUUUAUUUUUGGGAAAUUCAAAUAGAAAUAGAAAUAGUUUACCAAACCAAUCGCUUCCAAUGGAAAUCAUGUGCCUAAAAAUGCAAAUCGCCCGAAGAAAAUCAACAAAGUCUAUUUAAAACAUAAAAAAAAAAGUCCAACACAGGCCAAUCAAAUACAAAACGUGUUGGGAAAAAGUCAAAUAACAAAAAAAGAAAAAAAAAAGUACGACAAAUACAAAAUCAAACAACAACAGUCUCUCGCGCACACAAAUAUUUUUAUAUUUUUAUAUAUAUAUAUGUACAUAUAUAAAAUUGCAUAAAAAUAUUUUUUACUCAAGACAACGACGCACACACACGCAGCGACGAGAUACACAGAUACAUUCGCCGCUCGCACACACGACGACGUGGCCCCCGCUUUCAGUGUGUUGGUGUAUCUGUGUGUGAUUGUGCGACGCCAGCGUCGCUGCUCCAACAACAAAAGCGGCAGCAGCAGCAGCAACAACAACGACAGCAACAGCAGCAACAACAACAACCAUACCGCCGGUCGCCAAGUUGAUUAUUAUUAUUUUUUUGGCACGCCAAAAACCCAGCGCAUAUAAUAAUACGAGGUUGGCAAAAAUAAUAACAAAAUCAAACAUCGUCGCCGGCGUCGUUUUUGUGUUAAUUAAAUUUACUUUUGUGAAUGAAAUGCGAAAGAAAGCAAAGCGAAAAAUCAUCUUUAAUAAAUGCUAAAUAAAACCAGCAGUCGCGAUCGCGAGUAAGAAUUUGAAGAACCCCCUCCAAAAAUCGCCUUUGGAUUAUACCCAAAAAAAAAAAAAAAAUAAACCGACAUCAUUUUGGAUACUCCUCAAAAAAUUAAGGAUUACACAACAUUUAUGGUGAUUAAUUACGGAAUUUGUACCACGGAUUGCUUUUGAAAAUCAAUAAGGCAAUCUGAUAGAGCUGGCUGAAUCUGCAAAAGGAUGAAGGCAAAUCGAGCUGAGUCCGGGCGCAGCAACUACGAUCGGCGGCAUUGAGGAUCUCCGAUCCGGAUCUCGAGGUGGGGGAGCGAUCUCGAUCUCGAGGUGGAGCGACGAGCGGCUGAGGAGCGGAAGUGGAGGAGUGCAGCUGGGGGAGGAGUCCUGGUUACAACACUACAUGGAUCGCAGAAAUGGCGGCGAUCCCUUGGCGCCACCCCGGCCCCCGAAGUUAUUACCGCGCGUGCAUCGACCAAGGGCGCCGGAGCCGACGUUGAGUGGUGUCGACCAUCAUCAUCCAUCAUCAGUGGGAGCCACUGCAUCAUCUGUAUCAUUUGCAGCACCUGCAACAGCAAUCCAUAACAACAAUUCACAGCAGCAACUUAGUAUUAGCGCCGUCGCGAGCAACAACAACAACAACAACAAUACGAUAUCAAUAAUACCCGCAUCGCCGACCGACUUCGACGACUAUCAGAUCCACCACCUGACCUUUCUGCCCCAGCGACCCAGCAGCCUGAGCCGCAACAGCAGUACGGCCUCCUCGACGACGGCCACGGGGUUGAGUGUUUCGGGAUCGGGUUCGGUUUCGGGAUCAUCCUCGAGCUUCACGAGGCGACGACCGCCGGCACCCAUACCGCUGGUCAGCACCAACAACCACAACAACAACAACAACAACUUCCUUAGUCAUUUCCAAAGCGCUGAGCCGGUGAGCAACGCUCUGGGCCAGCCGCCCGCCUCCCCCGUCACGCUGGCGCAACCGCGACCCGAAUCCGAAAGGCUAACCAACGAGUAUGUGGACACGCCGCUGCAACAUGCGACGCGGUCGCAGCAUCCGGCUGGCCAGCAGGAUAAUGGCCAGACGACCACCCACCACCUGUUGCUGCUGCCCCAGCGGAAUCAGCACUUGCACCUGCAACAACAUCAGCAGCAGCAGUUGCAACAGCAACAGCAGCAGCAGCAGCAGCAACACCUGCAACUGCAACAGCAGCAGCAGCAACAUGCGCGACUGGCGACGACGACGACGCAGGCGACGUCCGUUGGCAGCGACCACACCGAUGGCUUACUACAUUCGCACCUGCAACACAGCACCGCUAACAAACCACCCGCCUCGAAGCAGCCAGCACCACCACCCACCAGAUUGGGCCUGGGCCUGGGUCUGAGCCAGCCCAUCAUCACCAAGCAGCCGGGAGUUGGGACGCAAAAGGAGCACAUGCAUGCGCUGGAGGAGCUGCUGCAGACGGGUGGCAAUGGCGGCGGCGGCGGCGGACCCCUGGUGAUGACCGGCGAUCCCAGCCAGCAGAAUCCCAUAGUGUGUCCGCGUUGCGGCCGGUGCCGGUGCGAGCAGUGCCAGAGCCCCAGGCCGCUGCCCCAGACGUGGGUGUGCAACAAGACGUGCCUGUGCAGCGCCGAGUCGGUCAUCGACUAUGCCUCCUGCCUGUGCUGCGCCAAGGCCCUGUUCUACCACUGUGCCCGGGACAAUGACCUGGACUGCGACGAUGGCAAUGGCACACCGUGCGUGGACAAUCCCUGCUCCUGCGGCCCAUACAAGCGAACCCAGCGCUGGGGCUGGCUUGGUGCCCUGUCGAUCUUCCUGCCCUGCCUGUGGUUCUACUGGCCCAUGAGGGGCUGCAUGAAGCUGUGCGAGAAGUGCUAUGGGCGAUUCGCGGGACGUGGCUGCCGGUGUCAGGGCAUCGGCAUCGGUGGUGGCCAUGGCAUGGGAGCGGGUGUGGGAGGAGGAGCCGGUGGCAUUGGUUCCACCAGCAGCAUGCUGCCCAUUGUGCCGCUGGGCGUGAAUGGCAGCGGGCUGGGCAGCGGGGUAAGCCUCUCCGGCGGCAUCACGGAUGGCGGUCUCAACCAGAGCAAUGGCAAGGCCAUGGAGCAUGGAUGCAGUGCCGCCAGGAGCAUCCUGCGCAAGGGUGACCUCACACCGGAGAAGCGGCUCCUGGACUCCAGUCCCGAUUACUAAGGAGGUGGUUCCCCCAUCCGCUUCUUCUUGUGCCCGGUUUUUUCCGCGAGCAAAAACCCUCAGGCACAAAAGAAUGGAUCGUGAACACCAUACCCCAUAUAUAUAUACGGAAAAUAUUUAAUAUAUGAUUUAAAAGGAUAUAUAAAAAAAAGGAGGAAAGAUAGAAAGAAAGAAAGAAAGAAAAAUUAAAUAACCAAAGACUGCAAACAGAUAAUUAUUAAUUAUUAGAAAUGUUAUUUAAAAAAUAAUUUUUGCUUAAAAAUACAAAAACGAGUGGCGACGAGUGGAAGGAAUAAAAUAAUGAAACUGACGAAACGACGAAUGCGAUUAGGAAUUAUUUUUCGAACGAUUUUUUUGUAUUAUUUGAUUUUGUUUUUACUUGCUUAAUUAACUCUUCAGUUCAAUGUUCAAUUUCUAAGUCAAAUUCUUACUUUAUAAACAUAAAUAGUUGUAUGCGAAAUAAUUCCAAUGAAUUUUCCACGAAUGUAAAGUAAACGGGCGAAAGUUUUUAUUAUUUUCAUAUACAAAACUGAAAAACUGAACAAUUUGGGGCAAGCGUAACAAAACACCAUAUUAUAUAUACCUAUAUACACACACGGGAGAACUUUUAGAGAAAUAUUCAAUGGCGUAAAUUAGUCAAAUAUUAUACAUAUAUACCAAGUCCAGUCCAUUUUUGAUGUUGUAGAGAGAACAGAAAACAAAAACCGAAAAAAUUACACAAGAAAUAUUGUAGAACUUUACGAAUUUAAAUCUUAAAAUUGAUAUGUAUAUGUAUGUGUAUGUGUGUGUUGAGGGCGAUGAACUUUUCGAUAAAUUUAGAGCAACCCAUAGACCAGUCUAAAUGUGCUUAGAUAUCGAUAUAGAUGUACUGCAAACCAAAAGUCAGUUAGUUUACUUUACCAACUACGGAGCCGGAACAAAUCUUAGGAGCGAAAAUAUGGGAUAACGAAAUCGGUUGCUUAUGAACUUAUUUUAUAGUUAAAGAUCGGGUGGGCUCGUAGUGGUUCCAGCCAGCAGCCCCAAAAAUGUGAGCAAGAUUGUAUAUACGUAUAAUGAAAUUUUUAAGCGAAAUGCGAGAUACAAAAUGCAAGCAAAUUCCAAAUAAUAGAAAAACAAAACAAAAAACCAAGCAAAACUUAAGUGUAACGAUAAACCCCACAUCUAAAUGCAGCAAAAAUACAUACAAGCGAAACAAACAUUUUUUGUAUAGAAUAUCCAUAUGAAAUAUGACAACAAAAACAGUGGCAAAUUAGCAACUUAAAACAAAUUUAUACACGUAAAAGCAAGAAGCAAGCGAAAAAAGUAAAUUAAAGAUUAAUGUUAAACACUAAAAACAAAUUACUAUAUAUUCUAUAUAUGUAAUCUGUAUAUGUACUAUAUAUAACUAUAUAUAUACGCCUAGAUAUACAAAACCAGAAAACUAUGCUUAAAACUCCUAACUUCUAAACAUUAAAAAAAAACGCAACAAAAAAGGAAAAAGAAAAACCCCCAAAAACAAACUAAAAGCUGGAAAAACUCCUUAAAGCCUAGCCGUUAAUGAAAAUUCAAGAAGCGCAGACCUACAACAAAACAGAAAAAAAUUAUACACGCAUAAAGAUAACGAUAAAGAUAAAUAUUAAUAUUUAAGGCACUCUAUACAUACAAAAAAGCUAUGCAUAAUGAAUAUUUAUUUUAUUUGUACAUUUCAUUAUAAUAAAAUAAACUGAGUAGAAGGGAGGAUGAGAUGAGUAGGAUGAGAGUAUGUGGGGGUUUUGAGUGCGAAACCCCGGAGAACCAGAAGAACUUUAUGUAAUGUUUUUAGAAUGUAUGUUCCGUUAAAAACUA